AUGGAUCGCCCUACAAUUUACGACUACCCGCCCGACUUCAACGAAACAUAUCAAAACCUUUGUCAGACGUUUGCAGAGAGGCUAGACCAGCAAAUUGCUGUUCUCCAUAGCCCGCAGCCCGACCGACUUAAUGUUAUCUUGGAGUUGAGGGACCUUGCCACACUUGCAGGACAAAUUGGAUAUAUUGGAGGGGUUGGUGGCUUGGAAAUCACUGAUCGCCGGCAUGUUCUCCGCAAAUAUGGAUAUAAAUCUCUGAAAGAUAUCUGUACUGCAAUCAGCAGCAGCUUAGAUCAGCUAGCGGUAAUGCUUGCUGUUGACAAUAGAAACGAUGUUGUCGUUGCGAACGAGUUGGAGGAAAUUAUGAACAGCUUGCCCUUCGGAAGGGCAGGGGCAUGA